AGUAGCUGUUAUCAAUGAAGUGAAACUCAACCUAAAGCAGAUUCUAACCGACCUGAUGUCAACAAGUAGACUAUACUACUCCAAACGUAGCCUACUGUAAAAUAAAAGAGAAGAAAAACACUUAACCUUAACGGACUUUUUAUUAUUAUUUUAUAUUUUUAACCGUUACGAGUAAUAGUUUAAUACUUUUUAUUUUUUUUUAUAUUUUUUUCCGCCAUGACCUCAAGCAGCGAGCCUUUGGAAAUAGCUGGCAAUGAGCUGGUCCACAUACUCAGGACCCCCCGGGACCGGUACUGCUCCGCCGGGUCCGUGGUGCUCGACUGCAGACCUUUCCUCGAUUUUGCUUUCGCGCACAUUUGCGAGUCGCGAAACGUCAACUGGAAUUCGAUGAUGCGUCGCAGGUCCAAGAGCUCGGCGGUGGCUCUCGAGUGGCUCAUCCCGGACAAGGCGCUGCUGGGCCGGCUGCGGCGCGGGGACUUCUCCCCGGUGGUGGUGGUGGAUGAGAGCAGCCGCUCCGUGGCCGAGCUGAGGCCGGAGAGCGUGGGCCAAAUGCUGCUCACCGCCCUGCGCUACGAAUUCCAUACGCAGAUCUGCUUCCUUCAAGGUGGAUUUGAUGGAUUUGCAGAGGCCUAUCCAGAGCUCUGUUACAGCUCAGCCAGCGAUCGCCUCCCUGCAGUGGAACCAGAACCGGCAGUGACGGGUCGGACGACACCAGCAUACGAUCAGGGGGGCCCCGUGGAGCUGCUGCCAUUCCUGUUUUUGGGCAGCGCCGUCCAUUCCUCCCGCAGAGAGACCCUGGCUGCAGCGGGCAUCACCGCCGUGCUCAACGUCUCCUCCACGUGCCAGAACUUCUACGAGGGGGACUUUGAGUACCUGCGGCUCACGGUGGAGGACAACCUAGCCGCUGACAUCAGAGCCUGCUUCUCCACGGCUAUCGCCUUCAUCGACUCGGUGAAGCAGAGCGGUGGUCGCGUGCUGGUGCAUUGCCAGGCAGGUAUCUCCCGCUCCGCCACCAUCUGCCUGGCCUACCUCAUGCACACGCAGCGCGUCAAGCUGGACGAGGCCUUCGACUUUGUGAAGCGCCGGCGGCAGGUCAUCUCCCCCAACCUGGGCUUCAUGGGGCAGCUGCUGCAGUUCGAGACCGACGUCCUCUGCCGGGGGUGAAAGGCGCGGACUCCUUCGCCUGCGUCCUGGAGAUGCCGUGCUGGACUCGGCGCACUGAAGGACACGUGUAGAAAUGUUUUAUUUGUAAUGUUUAGGGGAAAAACUAAUUGUGUUGCCGGCAUCACACGGCUGGCGGAUGUGGCAGAGACUGACAAACGGUUGUGCGGUACACAAUUGUGUGUGAGGCAGUGAGUUGGAGCAACUAUGAGCUCUUUCAAACUGACAUUUUAUAUACCAAGGAGAGGGAAAGGGGGCUAUGCGUGUGUGUGUAUGUGUCUGUUUAUGUCUGUGUGCUACUUUGUUUGACUUAAGUGCCUAAUCUUUAGCAAUUCACAUAUCCGAAACCACUGUGACCAAUGACACGUCUUUUCACGAGACAACACCGUGUCAGUUUCCUGAGGCAAUACUGGACGAGUCUCAGUGCUCCAACUGCUGUCCUAUCGUCAUGCUGAGACGCACUCAAACAGGAUGGUUUUUAUUCUGUAAAUAGAUUUGUUUUUAAUUUAUUAAUUCCACAUUGGCUAUGACAUGGGAGGCAUUAUUGCUAUCUCUUACUGCACUUUACGGUUCGGCCGAUUUCCUGCUGUUUUUUCUUUUUUUUCACCAAGGAAAAUUAAAACAUGUGAGUUUACUUA